GUUAUCGAGAGGCAGUUCCCGAGUCAGCUGUCUAGUCAAAGUACAAACUAUUACACUGCUAUUUUCAUUUCAAAAUUUUGCUUGAAUGUACCUGACGGACCAAAAACUACUGCAAACAAAAACACCUUUCCCAAUAUAUUACGAAUUAUGGCGCUAAGCAGCUGCAUUUUCUGUAAUAUAUCCAGCGGCCAGGACUCGGGAACUGUUUUGGAGACCGAAACGGAUGAAUUUGUUAUUUUUAAGGAUAUUAGGCCUGCGUCACAGCAUCAUUAUUUGGCAGUGACUAAGCAGCACUUUCCCAGCCUUAAAGAUUUAGACAACUCCCACCAGGACCUGAUCUCACGGCUGGAAGAGGGCCUUAGGGAGUUCUUAAAGGGCCAGGGGGUGUGCAGCGAGGACGUGUUGUUCGGCUUCCAUCUCCCGCCUUUCAUCAGCGUCCGCCACCUUCACAUGCAUGCCAUUGCCCCUCGUUCAGAAAUGGGCUUCCUAUCCAGGCUAGUUUUCCGUCCGUCUUCAGUAUGGUUCAAAACGGCCGACGAGGCGCGACUGUAUCUGGCGCAGAAGAAAAGUUUACAGUCGAAUUGAAGGUUCCUCGGAGAAUACUUCUGAAAGUGCCAAUAAAUAAUAAAUGAAAAUACAAAA